AUGGCGUUGGCCGCGCUUCCCUACCACGAACCCGAGAUCGUCACCAUAUUAAUCCAGGCAUCGUUUCUGCUGGUCCUAAAUUGCAUUAACUGGGUUCUCGAUAAUGCCAUCUACUGUGGUCUUGUGGGUCAGAUCUUGAUUGGAGUGGCAUGGGGCACCUCAGGUGCGAAUUGGCUUUCUGAGGAGGUACAAGAGACUGUGAUGCAACUGGGGUAUCUUGGGUUGAUUCUUAUAGUCUAUGAAGGUAUCACACUGCCCAUUGGCAUGUCAUAUGUCUUGAUGGGAUUACUAGGGGCUACACCUGUCCAGGCUUUUGCUGCUGGCGCCGCGUUAUGUUCCACUUCCUUAGGAACGACAUUUACUAUUCUCAGCACUAGCGGUCUGGACAAGAGCAGACUUGGUGUCAUCUUGUCUAGUGCCGCGAUGCUGGAUGACGUGGCGGGACUUGUCAUGGUUCAAGUCAUAUCGAACCUCGGACAAUCUGCCGACUCCUUCUCAGCUGUUACGGUGAUCAGACCUGUGUUUGUAUCCAUUGCAUUCGCUGUCGUUGUGCCUGCUAUCUGCUGGGCAACCGUAAAACCACUCACACAACAUCUGUUGCCAAAAAUGGCAAGCUUUGAACACAAGGAGAAACAGCAGUCAAGGCUUCAAAAGUGGGCUUGCACGCCCAUCGCAGCUUUCGUGGCUGCUAUCAACUGGUGGGAUGCUCUUGUUAGCACGACACUGCAACAACAACGCUCGAGUCUUAGACCGGCAAAGAAGGCACGCAAAGGCAAGGCUUCUCCUUUGACCGCAAGUCGAGUCACAUCCCUAGACCCUUCAUCGUCCGAUGUAUCGACUCUCACGGCUAGCGAGACAGUGACUGGGCAACCUAUUCUACAGACGCAUGACAAAUUGAAGGGCGCAAAGAUAUAUGAACACAUGUAUGCACCAGCUGUGAACUCAAUACUUAAGCCAUUCUUCUUCGUACGUAUCAUAUUCGCCUUUACCAUGUUCUCCAUAUACUAA